CGUGCUGGCGAACUGCCGCGUGCUCUUCUUCCACUACUCCGUGGACCCGCACCCGAAGUUCACGGUCGACGCGCGGAGCCGCGCCGUGAUCCGCGCGCACGUCGCCGCGGGCAGCGUCGAGGUCGCGCUGCCCCUCGUGGCCUUCCUGACGUCCGACGAGGCGCUCGGGCGCGGCGCGAUGUGGGCCACGCUCGCCGCCGAGGUCGUCCACGCGUCGACGGCCGCGGCGCUCACGCCGGACGUCUUCGGCACGAAGACGAUCAUGGUGCCCGCCUACGCCGUCGUCGUGGCCAUCAAGGUCCUCCUCGCGUGCGGCCUCCUCGCGGCGCUCGUGCACGACCGGGCCGCCGUGUCCGGCCGCGCGGCCUACAAGGACGAGGUCGAGUGGCUCUCGGCGUCCUGUGGCGGUGACGAUUUUCGAGAGAUUUUGACCGGAAAAACGAAGAGACAUCGUGACCGGCAUGCUUGGGAGGUGGCUCUGGGCCCUGUGGAGCGCGCACAACACCUACGCGUACGUGCGGCUCUGGUACGCGUUCCUCGCGCGCAUCGACAGCCUCCAGAGCCACCUCUACAGCGUCGCGAUCCUGCUCGCGGGCGCGACGGCCGGCGGCCAGGCCGUCGGCUUCGUCUUCGUGCCGCUGCUCGUGGCCGCGUGCUACGUCUACCAGGCGUGGCUCCACCGGUCGGCCAAGGGGCUUUUGGACCGCCUCGAGGCCAUCGAGGCCAAGGCGAAGCGCCGGGGCUUCGCGACCGCCGCGGAGCUCGAGGCCGAGGCCGCGGACCUGCGCCUCGCGCUCCUCGACCGCGCGCUGUCCUUCGAGGAGAACUCGCGCCUCUUCCUCAUCCAGAGCGGCGACCAGAUAUCCUACGUGCGCGAGCUCCUCGAGCGCCGGGGCCUCGACGCCGACGACGCGGCGCUCCGCGCCGCGGACGUGGCCCCGCGGACGCGCGCGGACGUCGUCUACGAGCUCGCGGCGUCCCAGAGCUACCUCGAGUGCGACCGCGACGUCAACGGCGCGGAGCUCCUGCUCUUCUUCGCGCACUUCGGCAUGCGCGUGCCGCAGGUCGCGGCGAUCCUGCGGACGAAGAUCACGAGGCACCCGGACGGGAGCGAGACCGUGUCGCGCGACGUCUUCUUCGACGCCUUCGAGGUCUUCUGGACCUACGUCUUCGCCCAGCUCCUCGAGCUCUACCGCGCGGCGACGCUGUCGACGCGGCACACGCUCAACGAGCUCCUCGCGCGCCACGACCGGCGCUCGGACGGCUGCCCCUUCAAGGCGGCACCGAGCCCGCGCGACGCCGACGCCGCGGUCGCGCGCCUCGCGGCGUCGCCGCCGGCGGGCGCCGCGUCCGCGGUCUGGGCGUCGAAGCGGUCCCUCCUCUCCGCGCGCGCCGCGUCGCCCGCGAGUAGCGCCGCGGCGCCGUCGUUCGUCGACCCCCGCGCCGCGCUCCGCGUCGCGAACGUGCAGAUCCACAUGGACUCCUGGGUCUCCGCGCGCCACCUCGACCUCGAAGCGCGCGC